GCGUCACUUCACGAGAUCUCCGUGGCGUAUCGUAAGGCCGGACAGACAUUCACGGGUCUUUCCCCAGGCUGCUACACAGCCGGACUCCUUUGGACCCUCUCUCCUUUUGUUCUUCCUCUUCGGAGGGACGUACGGACUGAGGGAAGGGUCCAGUAGGCUUGUGCGUCGAGAGAUUCAAGGCGCGCGAGCAAAGGCGGAGUUUACAUUUUCUUUGUCAUUCUCUUGUUUUGCUACCUUUGAUGGUUAGCGAGACGGAGAGUGGCACGCGUCGAGCCGAGCCCGCGCAGAGUUCUGACUUGUCGAGUGUUUGCUUGAUCUGUUAUAUUCUUCGUACUGUCGCGGGUGGUCGACAGAUGUGGUUAUCUUUUCUUGGACGUGUUCAAUACGUCCUCGUCUUCAUACUGGCGGGACGCGCAUGCUAUAAAGCACCCUUGCUAAAGAAUAAUGCAAGGGCGUGUGGUUACGUGCGUACAUCAUAGCAGGAGCGGGGCUGAUCCGCUCUCGUUUGAUUGAGAUGAGUUGUUUUGGCAAAGCGUGGUGUGGUGUAUGCGAGCUUGGGAAUCUAUGGGUUGGCGGGGAGUAGGAGAUCACAUUGCAUAUUCCGGCGCCAGCUGGAUCUGAUUUUUCCUCAUUUUGCUCAAUUGUCUUGAUAACGAUGCC